UCAAUUUUUCACACAUGGGCACACAAUUUGAUACACCACACUCGUGCAUGUUUUCUGGGUUCUUCCUCUGCUCCAAUUCCAAUCUCCAUAAUCCAAAAGCGCAUAAUUCACGAAACAAACACAAAUACAAGUAUACAACCAUUCCUCCUUAUCCAUUCAAUGGAGACAUGAACAAACAAUCAAAUGCUUGAUACUUGUAUUACCAUUAUUCCCUAAUUAAUCAUAAAUCCUAUAAAUAAACCUAAAACUAAAUUAUCCAAAAAAUGGCUGCCACACAUUUCUAUCAUCUCUCACCUUCGUUUUCUGUCACACUUUCCGACCGUUUUUUGUCGCCGUCAAUAAGCUUCUCAUCGUCCAUCAAUGGCGUCGGGAGUUGCAGUAAUCUUAGUUUUAAGUCCAAUUGCAAUUUUAUAUCUAUUACGUUGCCGAUUAAUCGGAGUAGUGUUGAUUUUAGUAAGAAAAAGAGAUUCAGCUCGAGGUUUAUAGUAAGAGCGGCUUCGUCGGAUUAUUAUUCUACAUUAGGAGUUUCUAAGUCUGCUUCUGUUAAGGAAAUUAAAGCUGCUUAUCGGAAAUUAGCUCGUCAGUAUCAUCCGGAUGUCAACAAGGAACCUGGUGCAACAGAAAAGUUCAAGGAGAUUAGUGCUGCAUAUGAGGUGUUAUCAGAUGACAAAAAGAGGGCAUUGUAUGAUCAAUAUGGUGAAGAUGGACUGAAAAGUACAGUAGGAGGAGCUGGUGCUUAUACGACGAAUCCAUUUGAUUUGUUUGAAACCUUUUUCGGAGCAAGUAUGGGUGGAUUUCCUGGGACAGACUCGGCAUUUGGAACACGUCGUCGGACUGUCACAAAAGGUGAAGAUAUACGUUAUGACAUGACUUUAAAAUUUUCUGAGGCUAUAUUUGGGGUGGAGAAAGAGUUUGAACUUUCACAUUUAGAAACAUGUGAGGCAUGUGCUGGGACUGGAGCAAAAGUAGGCUCUAAGAUGAGAAUAUGCUCGACAUGUGGAGGGAGGGGUCAAGUGAUGCGAACUGAGCAGACGCCGUUUGGCUUGUUCUCCCAGGUUUCUGUUUGCCCUACUUGUGGUGGUAAUGGUGAAGUUAUUGCUGAAUAUUGUCGCAAAUGUGCUGGUGAGGGGCGGGUCCGUGCUAAAAAGGAUAUCAAAGUCAAAGUUCCUGCUGGGGUGAGCAAGGGUAGCAUUCUGCGGGUUGCUGGGGAGGGUGAUGCUGCACCAAAAGGGGGUCCACCUGGAGAUCUUUAUGUUUACCUUGAUGUUGAAGAGAUACCUGAUAUUCAAAGAGAUGGUAUAAAUCUUCGUUCAUCAAUCACAAUUAGCUACAUAGAUGCCAUACUUGGGACUGUUGUGAAGGUUAAGACUGUCGAAGGCACCAUUGAUUUGGUGGUUCCACCCGGUACUCAACCAGGAGACGUCCUUGUUCUUGCAAAGAAGGGUGCACCAAAAUUGAACAAACCCUCCAUACGUGGUGAUCACUUAUUUUCAGUAAAAGUUACUAUACCAAAGCGCAUCAGUGCCCGAGAACGUGAAUUGCUGGAAGAACUUUCUGUCCUAAGUACCACUAAAAUGAGUCGAGCACGUCCUCGCCCUCAACCUCGACCAGCAGUUGAAGUGACAGAGACUCAAACAAGUAAAGACGCAGAAGAAAGCGAGGAAUCUGGAGAUCAGAGUGAUGACCCAUGGAAGAAAUUAAAAGAUUUUGCAGGGUCUGUUGCAAAUGGUGCUCUAAAAUGGAUCAGAGAUAACUUAUAAUUGUAAUCUCAAAAAACAAUUUCAGACACCUUCUAUUGUGAGCAUGCAUUUUGAUACGCCUCAAAGAAAGCAGUUGAGUAAGCAAACAUAUUGGCUGCUUUACCAAAGAUUAAUUCUCUGUGCUUCGCGCAAUUUUUUGAUUCUUUUGCGCAGUUUGUAAAGGGCUAGUAGCCUGAGAUUUGAGAAGGUUACUUUUUUUCUUACUUGCCAUAUAAUGUAAUGCGCAAAUGUAGAAUGUUAGACCUUAUGCAACAGAUGAUUUGAUUUGAAGUACAUUGGUUGAUCA